UCCGGUGUGGGCGAGGCUCAGUGACAGCUGCGGAGCUCCGAUCCGCAGAUCUACUGUCUGGGAAACAAAUUCAACAUUUUACAACCAAAAGUGCCGAAAAAUAAACAGAAGAAGAAGAUUUUUCAAAACUUUAAUCUGUCAGCAAGGAGAAAAGUUUGUUUCUUCACUUCCGGCAGAGAAACGUGGAGCAAAACAAACCGGCUGCUGCUGCAGGAUGUGAGAGAACCACAACACAAAACACUGAGGACUGAACGCCACAGCAGAUCUGAGACAAGAGCAGGGACAAGUCUGAAGAUCGGCAGGAGACGCUCGGCUGCAGACAAACAUGGCUCUGUUCUUCUCCGGAGCUGUUACAAGUUCCCCAAUAAAACGCAGGUUGCGAGCCAAUCACUCCUGUCAGAGCCUCGACCAGUCUCUCCUCUCUCCUGACUCCUCGUAUGUCUGUUACUCAUCUGUGGAUGGAGGCGAGCCGUGCUCCUGCCGCCGCUCACCGCGCCUCCUCACCAACGGAUACUACAGCGUCACUGAGGACAGCUUCUCCUGGGACGACGACGGCAACGUGUCGCUGACUCCUUGCAAGACCAACGUGUCCUACAAGGAGAACCUCGUCAGAGUUUUCCGGCGCAGGCGGCGGCCCCGCGGCUCUCUGGCUCGCCUGCUGAGCGACGUGACGGAGAGCUGCCAGUCAUGGCUGGAUGAGAAAGUCUUCAGAGGCGUGUUCGGGACAGGACUGAACCAAAACCAGACCUGGGACCAAGAGCUGGACCAAGACAGAGACCAGGACUGGACCAGGACCAGCAAGGAGGGCCCGACCAUGUUGGACGAGUCAACCUGGUCUGGGUUUAACACCACCGAGCUGGACGACAGCUGCAGCUUCACUUACGACCCAACUGAGAUCCCGCCCCCUCCCGACAAAGUGGCCCCGCCCCAGAAGCUGCUCGUCCAGGAGGAGAUUUGUUCAGAGAUCUGUCAAUCAAAGGAGCGGUUCACCCAGUCGCUGGGCGGCCUCUCUGAAGUCCCGCCUCCCUCGCCCUUCUACGCCAACAGCUGCUGUCAGGCCUCACCUGAGCACACAGGGUUAAGCAUGAAGGCUCUGCUCCUUUUCAUCUUCACCAUCUUCAUCUUCACUGCUCUCUACUCAGGGUGUCUUAUGUGGAGCGCGACCUUGGCGUUGACCGUGUUCAUGAUGGUCACAACAUUUAUGCUCGUGACGAAGUCGGGGCCGAUGGGCGAAUGGAGGCGGGCGAAGACGGAGGAUAUCACAUCAAGAAAUGAGUAAAAGAAGCGUCAGGAGACAGUUUCCAAAGUCUGUGAUGUGAAACUUGAAGAGUGGCAGAAAAGGUCUGAAGGGACUCGGCAGAAAUCUUUUGUAUUUCACUAACUGUUUGCAUGUAAGUUGCACUUAAAGUUAUCCUGAGCUCCGGAAAACAUUUUACAGCAACACCUGCUUGAUGCUUCGACUGAAAAUGAAAUCUUUUUGAAUGUAAAUUUUUAUUUAAAUAUGUUUUCUGCGCUGAAAUGCGUCGACCAAAAGGGCUGAAGUUUUUGAACUGUUUGAAAUUAAAUCAAAGCCGACACAUCUUAAACAUUUAACCUUGAAGUCCAAUGCAAAACGCUGGGAAAAUCAACAUGGUGGUGCAUCCAGGUAGUCCUCUGUGUUGGAUGCUGUGACCAUGAAACUUUUUACCAACAUCAUGUUUGGAUUUUCCCGGAGUGUAAAAGCUGAAUCAGGCAGUAUGUUUGCUGUUAAAAAGCUGAAGGAGCUCAUUAACGUGGUGACACAAGUUACUGUAGCUUAGCUAUAAAACAUUAAAAAAAAAAGUAUCCAUAUAAAAUAUAAAACAUCCAGAUGUACAUGAUGUAUUUUUGAAACACUGUAAGUGUAUCUUUUAUUGUCAAUAGUUGAACUUGGCUUUUUUGGGCUGUCCAAAGUGACCAAAUGUCAGACUGAACUCGUCUGAAGAACAAAUUCAGGUCCAUCAGCAGUGAUUCAAAACAAGAGCUGUGACUUUUUCUAAAAAAAAAUUUUUUAAAAAUGCACAACACCUGAAGUUCUAGUUCAUCUACCUGGGAGUAUUAACCACAGGAAGUGCCGUUUUUUUUCCUGAAGAAACUGAAUGAAGAGUUUUACUCCAAAAUGUAAUUAAGAAAAGAUCCAUACAUAGAAUAAUGAUGAAAUAAAGCAUGCUGGUCCUGGUGCAUUAAAGCAACACUAGCUCAGAUUUUAUUGUGAAAAUCUACAUUUUGUAAGGCUGCCCCCUGACAGUCGACCAAAUGUUAGUCGACCAGAAAGGUCAAGGCAAGAUUUCAUUGGUCGCUUAGUUGCAGAAAAAACAAACAAACGUGAAACUCUUUCAGGAGCUGCACCUUGUCAAAAUAAAUCCAAACCUAUAUGACUGCAUGUGGGACUUGGAUGUGAAAGGACAGAGACAGGAAGUGUCCACGCUCAGUAGGUUAAUUUCCAGGGCUGGUACCUGCGGUUAUUCCACAGGCUAGUUAAUAACAUGUCGGGCAGGAAAUCCAAAGUGUGGGAUCAUUUUGAGAAGGUGAAGGACGAACCCAAGGUGAUAUGUAAACUCAUCUUCAUUGGUCGACUACAAACAUGACGUAACAUCUGAUCAUGUUCAGACAGAGUUGUUCUCUGCAGCAUUUUGGAGUAAAACUCUUCAGCUGUUAAAGUGCCUUUUAUAUCAGCCAGCAGUGCAGAAAUACAGAAUAAUACAGGGAAGUGUUUGAUUCAAACCUAAAAUGCUGCUCAAACAUUAAACAGACCUGCUGCAGUGUUACAGGGAGAUCGUUCUGAUGGAGGAACUCACUAAAGGAUUGCGCGGCCGCUAUACCUGCACAAGCAAGACAAAAAGAAACCGAGUCAUCUUCAAAGCACUUGCACAGAGUAACGUGCACCUCUAACUGUACUGCCGAGCAAAUAGCAUCUCAGUGCUCAUGUGCUACUUGCACAUAUUUCAGUGACAUAAUAUGCAUACAUCCCCUUUCUAUGUUAACGAGUCCAAUUCACAAAGAUCUGCGCUAAGUAUCAGCACAGCUACAGUGAAGUGUCCUCAGAGAGUUGGUGGUAACUGAAGCGUAUUUUAGGGGGUUUGACGCUCAGACUGCCUUUAGUUUUGAGGAAUGCUUCUGCACCUUGUCGGUCAGAACAUUGAGCUCACUUCUCUUUUUCUCUCGCCGUUCACCUGCCUGCUGUGUUCUUGGUGCAAAAGCAACAUGUGAACUUUACCUCAUGGAUAAUUACAAUCAGAUGCAUAAGAAGGCAAAUUUCACUCAGCUGCAAAACUUUAUGGGUGUGUUUGUUUUUGCUGUAUUAUCAGUGCAGUGUCUGUUGUGAAUUGGACCUUGAGGCAGGGCAGAUAGUGGUGGCAAGAGAUGCGCUAUCCAUGGUGCGAUCAGCAGCCGCAGUCCAUUCUUUGUGAAUUCACCCCUCUGUGUUUGAUUUAACCUGCAGGGUGAAGCAGGUGGGUGGAGGUUUACUGUGUUAGGAACGUUUCAGAUCUACAAGAAAGAAAACGUUUUCUAAUAUAUUUGGCUGAUCACACAUGGAGUUGUUUUCUGAGGACAAUCUCAUGCCGGAAAAAAUUACUGUGAGAAAAAAUACUAAUAAUAAAACACUUUUUCAGCAACAACAAACUUCUUAUUUCAGUUUAACCUGCAGUUGCUGUGUUGAACAGACACUGCUGGAAUAUUUAACAAGAAUAAAGCUGCAAAGUGAGUGAAGCCACAGGUCCUGGAAACAUCUUAUAAUAUCAAUCAACAUUGACACGUCAUACUUUUAACCUCCUGAAACCCCAACUUUUGUUCAGUAGGCAUUUUAUUAGUGGUUUAAUGCACGAUUAAACUAUGAACAUUAUUUCGUAUAAAUAAACUACUUUCAACGAUAAAAUCUGAUCAGGUUUUGUCCACGCUUGUGUCAGGAUCGGCUGCAGAUGGACUUGGCAGAGAUGGCUGCCAUCUUGUCUUUAUAUAGAGUAGUGUAUUGUGGUCUUACCAGCACUAGAUGGUGCUUUAAAGUGUCCACAAACGGGACAGCAGGUCCAACUUCAGCAGAAUUAAGUAUAAAGUGCAGCAAACCCAAAAUGUGAUGUCCUCACAUGAGGACGCAGGGUUGCAGGAGAUUAAAGGAAUAUUUCACCAUUUUUGGAAACGCACUAAAUUCUCCUUUUGCUGAAGGUUAAAUGUUCAGAUGAAUAUUCCUCCAAAGCCUGUCGAGCUGAAGUCAGGGCAUGGUUAGCUUAGCUUAGCUUAGUGUAGCUAGCUGGAAACCAGACAGUUUGUUAGUUAAACUGAUGCUCAUCAUAAAAUAGUCCCACCACAUGACUCCCUCGGAAACCACAAAGUAUUGUUUUAAACAUUCCUAUUUAAACAACUAAGACACGACAUGUUAAUAUCUGAGUUUCGAGGUGCUGAUAUGUGUCAGUUUGUAAAUUUGAGCCAAAUCGGAAUCAGUCAGGAACAAAACUGCUGAAAUGAUCUAAACUACUUCGAGUUUGUCAAACAAGUUCUACAAACCUCAACAUGAAACCAUCUCACCACAUCGACUGGUGCUUGUAUGAGAAGUUCUGCAGCUUUAAAAAUCAGUCCACUCUGCCAGAAAUCCUGACGGGCUCAGAGGGGAUUUUAUGAGCGCCUUGUUGUCACUGUACAUGCGUCAGUGGCAGUUUUAAAGUCCAUGUGUGAACUCAGCCUUGCCAAAUUUUCUGACAACAGGGAGAAACUCCACCCAGCUGGCAUCACAGGCAGGAAAAAUAUCAACUCCAGUCAGGUCUGCGUCUAUGUGAAGGUUUUCUUCACACGUAUUUCACUCUUAUGUUAAAACAGGGACUUUCUGAGCAAUAAUUCCAGAAAAUGGGAGAAACUCAACUUUGAGCUGUGUUGAGUUUGAACAGUGAGCAGGGAGAAACACUUUGGGAUCAGGAAGAGAAUCUUUAACGUCACAUUCAAAAGUAUAUGGAUAUAUUUAACAGCUUUAAAAUCAAUUAAAAAAAACAAACAUGUCUGAUCUCUGAAAAUGCCAUAUCAAUACAAACAGUUUGUAUUGAUCAGUUAUCGCUCUGUGAUUGCUGUCGGAGGAAAAAAGAUUCAAAUGUUUUCAUCAGGAAAAGAUGAAAUGUGGCAGGAAGGAAGCUGGGACUAAGAAAUGUAAAGAAAAACUGUGAAGUACUGUCCGGCUUUAUAAGGUUUUGACUUUAUAAAGUUUUUCAAAUUCAAUCAUGUUUGGACCUCAAAUAACGCCAAGACUUUUAGCAAACCUGAAGCAGGAAGAGAUGAGCUGUGCAGCACAAAUCAACUCUUUCUGAGUGAAAUGUAAAUGUUUUAAAUGUGUGUUUUUGCAAUGUAUCCUCAUAGAACGGUUCGUAUGAUAGUCUACGCAGUAGCGCCCCAUGAAUGACCCUACGUCCUUAACCUAAAGUCACGCAAUUAUUGUAAAGUUACUGAGGUUGGGUUUAGGAAAAGAACCAUGGUGAGGACCUACAUUAAAGUGACCCAAAGUUCACACAGUUGGGAACAUGCAUCUCCUGGGGAAAGUCCAAGGUUUUGUAACCCGUCUACCACCAAAAUCUGCCUCCUUACAAAUGCUCGGGACUGCUUCCUUGUUUACUGCCAUCAGCACAUUGGUCACGUGAUUGCAGUCUUUCAAAAUACGUAGGUUACACACGAACACUGGCUCAUGACUGCUUGGGAAAUGUACGAAUCUGGGUGCAUUACUUUUCGUAGGAAAACAUACGAACAGUUUAUAUGAACAGCCUGGCUUUUGUGAACUGAACCUUUGUGACCAGAGACGUCUGAUCUUUAGUUCUUCAUGUUCCAGAUCGUCUGAAUGAAUUAGCCUCAAUAAACAUAAUAAUGAUAAGGAUGCCAUGUUUAUGUCAUAUAGGAAUUACCACUUCAAGACUGAAGUAAAUUUUGUUCACGCCAACAUCGGAGUUGAAAUCACGAUUGUCCUGGAAGCUCCGAUAUUUAUGUCUUGGCGCUAAAUUAUACCGAAGUGCCUGAAUGCCUCACACCAACCAAAGUCUGCUGUAAAGGUAAUUAAACCAAGAAUUAUUGGAUGUAGUGACCAUUUUCUGUUGAUGUGAACGAUCGCAAGUCGGAAACACAGGAAUCUUUUCCACGGCUGUCGUCCAUCUUAUCGGACGUACGCGUGGCAUCAGAUCUGUAACAUGAAGGGUUAAUGUCCGGUCACACCAGACAGUAUAUCAUGGGUCUGUGUUCACCAAAGUUAAACUCAAUGAGUGAAAAAAAUUGUGGAUUUACUUCUCUUAAGAUAAUCUGCUAACUGUAGCUAUGCCAUAAAAGAAAUGUAAAACCUACCCUUUAAAUGCUGGUGUGGCCGCGCCUUUAAAGGUCAGACGUCUCUUAUUGUGUGAAUCAGAAGUUUCUGAAUCGUCUGAUGUGUUUUUAUUCACUCAAAGUGCCAAAAUUGUAGAAAUCUGACGAUUCAGGGAAUGGAAUACAAAAAUGUUUCUAUAUUACUGAUAUAAUUAAUACAGCUCUGCAUGACUUAUUACUUUGCAUUUAAAGCUGCAUUUAUUCAUAUUUUUUAAAUGCACAAUGGAUCAAAUUAUGCUGUAAAUGAACUCUGCAGCUCUGAGAAGCUUUUAAGCCUCUUUUAGCUCCUAGUUUUGUUUUUAUGGCUGAAAAUAUGAGCCAAACAUUUCCCUCUGAAGGUGGUGGAGACCAAAGCAGAGCUAUAAAGAGAGUAAAUAGUGGAUUUGGACACAAACACAGCGAUGGGAUGCUCUUGUUGCUGGGUGUUCAAAAACAUGCUCGUUCUCCUGCCCCCUGGUGGCCAAAAACAUUUUGAUGCAGCUUGAAAUGAUCAAAGUUAAAUGUGGAUCAAGUUUGUCUUUUUUUCAUUUAUAUGAUAGACUUUUAUGAGGUGUUGUAAAAUAUUGAAUUUCCUGCAACAGACGUAAAGUUUCUGUGAUGAAAACUCAUUUAAUAUGAAUUUUCUUGGGUGAGUCAAACCUUUAGAUGAGCUCCAGUUUGUGACAUAAUGCAGCUACUAUUCCUGGUGUUGUACAUACUGUGUACUGUAGAUAUAUUCCAUUGACUGCACAUGUUUCCAAAGGUGGAAAUGUGAUACUCUGCUUGUGACGCACUUACUAUACCUGUUAAUUUUUAUUAUUCCACUGUACUGUAUUAAUGUUGUUAAAGUCUGAAAACCGUAAAAUUAAACCUCGAAUGACGCACAAGCUAGAUUUUAAUUUGAAACAGACAAGAAGAAUAUUGUUGGCCAAAAUGAAAAAAUGAUGUAUAAAUCAAUGUGACCAGUUUGCUUCCAAAAUGCUUCCCACACAGUGUUGAUCACUGUGAUUUAAUCCCUGACUCGUCUAAAUUCACAAACAGCAGUUCAGUGAUUUGGAUGAUGAGUAGUUGCCCUUUUUGUCCUGUCAAUGGCGCUGCGUUUGGAGGUUUCAUUUUUACAGUAUUUUGCAUUUGUCAUUUAUUUGCCAGUUUCAGUGAAAGCGUUUUAUGGAAAGUGAAAAUGUUUAUCAUCCAUUAAAUCCUGUUUGAAAGACAAAAGGUGUAUUUCUGUUCAGUGGAGCUGUGACCUGCAAGUUUCUCUGUGUUUCAGCGUGAUACGUUUUUCUCCAGAACAAAUAAAAAUCACUUUACAGGUG